AUGCCUGUGGAUGGGUUGGUAGUUUUGAGAGGUAACACUUUUGAGGUGGACGAGAAGUUCGAAAUUUCAGGAGUAUUAUCUAUUGUGGAUUUUUCUGGAAACCAGUUCACACUUGAAAAUAUUCUAGUUUUUGAAGAGGGAACUUUUUUCUUUAGUACCACAUUACCUCCCCAGAGUGACACAUGCUCAAUGAAAUUCGGCCUCAUUGGGAACCUCGGAAAAGUCCAGAUAGAUGCUGACACAAUAGGUCUGGCAAUUAGUGAUUUUGAAGUUCUGACAAUUUACAACUAUGGGCCAAUGAUAUUUUCCAAUUUCCAAAGCAGCGAACAUGUACCCGUGAUAACGAAACUUCAAAAUCAUGCCAGUUUUGUUUGGGAACUGGGUCCCCUUCGGAUCUUGGAAUUUGAAAACUUCGAACUGUUUUGUCUUGGAAGUGGUGCUGCUGUCGAUAUCGAAUAUUCCAAGGGCUUGAAAUGUUUACAACUACUGAUGGGUUCUACUUUGGCUAUUCAAGGUGACCUAAGGGAAGUUUCCCUUUCUCCACUUGGCGGAUCAACACUUCUCGUUAAAGCAAGACUGCUGCAUACCCUCGUCGUGUCAUAUUUUGGUGGGGAUAAUAUUGUAAUUUUUCAAGGAUGGAACGCUUCGUCUAUUGACUACACUUAUGAUAAAUUGUAUUUAAAAAUCAACGUCGAUUCCGACUUAUACGAACUUGAAAUAGGGUUUAAUUAUGAUCCUGGAUUGUUUAAGGUUGUUACGCGGGAUGACGAUAUCAUCAUAAGUUAUCCUGUAAUCCCGACGCUGGCAUUUCAUCACAUAUGUCAAUGUGUCUCUCCAGAAACCAACGUACCGGGUACAUUGCCCACAAUUUCAAUCCAGACAACAGGAUAUCUGACAAGAACAUUGACUAUUACUACUAGUGACUAUCGUUGGACGACAAUCGAGUCCACCAUGUCAGAAACAGAUUCAACUAUAUCAGAACCUGAGUCAAUUACUUCAGAGCUGGACUCAACUGCACCGAAUCCGGAAUCAACUUCUGCUGAAGAAAAUGAAUCAACUAGUUCACAGCCAGAACUGAUAGCUUCGGAAACUUACAUUACCUCACUCCACGAAUCGACUACUUCAGAGCUUGAACCAUCUACUUCGGGAGCACCACCAACUAGCGCGGAUCCGGUUUCUCCUUCAGAAACUCAACAGACUUCACCUACAACAACUCAGUCAUCGAUCCAAUCAGAUCCUUCGGAACCGACCAACUCAAAUACAGCUCCAGAGACAAGAGCAAGUGCGUCUUCGGAGAGAUCAUAUUUUACUGAUCCAUUAUCAACAAGUUUACUGUCAUUGCUUACUAGUAAAACAACAACUUCUGGGGGUUCAGAUGAUACCACCACCAAGGACCCAGACCCAGUUAAAUCUGACUCACCAUCUGGAGAUAUCAAAACAAUGAUUGUAACUCUUUCAUCUGAAAUAUCAGUCCCUCCAAGUGCUACCGUCUUGCCCAUUGAAGGUUCGGGUUCCAAGGUUGUUGGUACAGGAUUGUUGCUGUCGGAUCUCCAAACCUCAUCGAAAAUUUUACAAAAUUGGAUCUAUGAGUCAAAAGAUCAAUAUAGGAGAUCCCAACCAUCAUUACCAACCGAUUCCCACAACAUGACACCCCUAACAGAAGAACAAAUCACAUCCCUCAAACAAUCCAAGACAAUUGGUAUCAUAGGAUUAGGAGACAUGGGAUAUUUAUAUGCCUCUCGAUUCAGUUCAGCCGGUUGGACCGUCGUUGGAUGUGAUCGAGAAGAAACCUACCUUCAAACCCAACAAAAAUUCCAAAAUGAAAAAUUCCAAGUCUUAAAAAAUGGUCACCUAGUCUCCCGUAUUUCCGAUUACAUAAUCUACAGUAUUGAAGCUGCCAAUAUUGAUAAGAUUGUUUCAAUCUAUGGACCCUCCACCAAAUUUGGAUCAAUCGUAGGCGGACAAACUUCUUGUAAAGCGCCUGAAAUUGCUGCAUUUGAGAAAUAUUUACCUGAAGAUACACAAAUAAUCCCAGUUCAUUCUUUACAUGGACCUAAAGUGGACCCUACGGGACAACCAUUGGUACUCAUCAAACAUCGGGCCACGGAUGAGGCAUUCCAAUUUGUCGAGAGUUUGAUGUCAUGUUUGAAUUCAAAACAUGUUUAUUUAAGUGCCAAAGAACAUGAUCGAAUAACGGCAGACACACAAGCUGUUACUCAUGCGGCAUUUUUAUCAAUGGGAGUAGCGUGGAAAUCGAUGCAUCAAUAUCCUUGGGAAACUCCGAAAUGGAUCGGAGGGAUUGAGAAUGCAAAGAUUAAUAUCUCGUUGAGAAUUUAUUCAAAUAAAUGGCAUGUAUAUGCCGGAUUGGCAAUUACUAAUCCGUCCGCCCAUGAUCAGGUGUUACAAUAUUCGAAAUCGACAACUGAAUUGUUUACAUUAAUGAUUCAAGGGAAGAAACAAGAAUUGAGUGAGAGAUUGAUGAAGGCAAAGGAGUUUGUGUUUAAGGAAGUGCAACAUAAUCAUCAUGAUUUGUUAUUGGAUGAUAAUAUUUUACAGAAAUUUUCAUUGAGUAAAGUUCCACCCGAAGGAAAACAACCAAAUUCUCAUUUAUCAUUAUUGGCAAUUGUUGAUAGUUGGUACAAUUUAGGGAUUGUACCUUAUGAUCAUAUAAUUUGUUCAACUCCUUUGUUUAGAAUUUUUUUAGGGGUUACUGAAUAUAUCUUUUGUACUCCUGGAUUAUUAGAAGAUGCUAUAAAUGUUGCAAUUGAAGAUCCAAGUUUUAGACAAGAUGAUUUACAUUUUACAAUUGCUGCACAAACUUGGUCAAGUAUUAUAAGUUUUGGGAAUUUUGAAUUAUAUAAACGAGAAUUUAUUGAAACUCAAAAUUUCUUUCAACCAAUGUUUCAAGAAGCUAAUUUAAUUGGUAAUGAAAUGAUUAAGACUAUUUUAGAAAGAGUUAAAGAGAGGGAGCUGUCUGUAUAA